UUUGUUGCAGCCGUCUUCUUGUUAAAACAUCAUCGACGAUUUCCGUCUCCUCUCCCUCUUCCGGGAAGAAAGAAGAAAGCAACUAGCGAGACGGCUACUUUGUUGGCGGUUGCAACUCGUAGAGCAGCUACUCUAGCUCGAACACCGGCUCCUUCUCAAGCCUCCUCUCUCAUUACUCGCCGUGGUCUUCCCGGCGCUGCGGAGAUGGUUAUCCCUCCACCCGUUAGACCACCAAGAGUUGUAAAAUUCCUAAAGCCCUAUGUCCUGAAGAUGCAUUUCACAAACAAGUAUGUUAGUGCCCAAGUUAUUCAUGCUCCGACUGCAACUGUGGCCUCAGCGGCAAGCUCACAGGAGAAGGCCCUCAGGACGAGCAUGGAAUCUACUCAGGACGUGGCCGCUGCUGCCAAGAUUGGGAAGAUACUCGGGGAACGUUUGCUGCUCAAAGAGAUACCUGCUGUUUCUGUUUUCUUAAAGCGAGAACAGAAGUAUCAUGGAAAAAUCAAGGCUGUCAUUGAUUCUCUCAGGGAUGCAGGUAUCAAAUUGCUUUAGGGGAACAAUUUUGAAACAUCAUCUAGUUUGCUAGACUGGUGCUUAUUACCGGUUCAUCUUUGUUCCGGAAAUGAUAAGUGAACUACAUCCGAGGAAGAAUGCAUUUUCGGUUUAUGCUUUGUGCUUUGUAUGCUGUUCUGUUUCAGUUAGGUUGUGAAAGACCAUCAUCAAAACAAAUAAGACUCUAAUGCAGUAACACUUUGAACAGUUUUGUGUAACUUGUGUUGCCUAGAGGUUGGCC